UGUUCAGCGUGCAACAUCUCUCCUCCUCUUCUCGCGCUCCGCAGUGACUCUCGCGUUCCUCAUCAUCGCUGCUGCACUGGUCUGGAUGAUUGCAGUGGCAGCAACAUGGCUGUGAAUCUCAGCAAGAACAGACUGGCCCUCUUAACAGCCUACCAGGACGUUAUCAACGAGACCUCGGUUACCGACUGGGCCUUAUACUCGUAUGAAGAUGACAGUAACGAUUUGAUCCUGUCUGCUUCAGGAGAUGGGGGUCUGACAGAGAUUGCAGUAGCCUUCGAUAACACUCUGAUCAUGUACGGUUUCUGCAGCCUGAAGGAGCCCAGCGCAGCCCUGCCACGCUACAUCCUCAUCAACUGGGUUGGUGAAGAUGUGCCUGAUGCCAGGAAGUGUGCCUGUGCCAGUCAUGUAGCCGCCAUAGCGGAGUUCUUCCAGGUGGGUCUCACCAAGGGUGUUGACAUCGUCAUGAACGCUAGCACCAUGGAUGACAUCGACCCCUCAGCUAUCGGACAGAGGCUGACUAAUGGGACGGCUCCAGUGGCCAGUCCAGUGCUAAGCCGCCUGCGAAUGAAAGACGAGGAGAACGCAGAACACGUUGGCACCACCUACGAGAAAACAAAUGCAGAGAUCGAGAUGAAGAAAAUCAAUCGAGGAGAGUUCUGGGAACAAGCCAAGCGGGAAGAGGAGUUGAGAAAGGAGGAAGAGAGAAGGAAGGCUGUGGAGGAACAGAAGCGCUUUGAAACCGAGAGGAUGGAGCUGGAAAGAAAAGAGCAAGAGGAAAGAGAGAAGCGCUACCGUGAGAGGGAGCAGAAGAUCGAGGAACAGAGGAAGAAGAUGCAGGAGGAGGAAGAGGCCAAAGACAGGAAUCAAACCUUGAUUGUAAGAACAGAGCCCAGUUAUGAAGACCCUGCCCUGGAGAAAAGAGAAACAGAGGUUGAGGAAGCGGCAGCCAUCAUUGCCCAAAGGCCCAUUAACCCACGGGAAUUCUUCAAGCAGAGAGAGAGGGCCAUAGCCAGCAGCGUGGACAUCUCACCAGUCACCACGCACAGGACCGGCCGCUUGGACAGUCCAUUCUUGAGGCAGCAGCACAGUCCAUCCGAUUGCAGCCCGCCCCCUUCUCGCACUCCGCCCCAUUCACGGCGGCAGCCAGGUCCACCUGAUGACUCUGCUGAAGGAAUCCUCGAGCGCAGCAUGACCACUGGAUGCACUCCCAUCCCCAAAAUCGCCAUUCAGGAGGACAAAGAGGACUUCUUUCGAAAGGAGUUAGCCUUUGACACUCCCAAGCAGACUCCAGUGCAGGAUUCCGGCUUUGCCAAGACCUCUCCAAGUGUUUCCCCCCAGCCCAGCAGCACCGCUCCAUUAUCCAGCACAGAUGACAGCCUGCUAGACUUGUGGGACAGUGGCCCAGCACCAGCUACGGCCCCCUCCCAAGCCCCCAGCCACAUUAUGGACCUGAUGGAGGACACCCCGGAGCCUCAUCUUGCCAGCUCCUCCCCUGCUCUCCCGCAGCCGCUCCUGAGCUUCGAUGAGGUGCCUGACACCCCCUACUGCACCGGCACAGAAGACAACCCCUCUAGCCUGGUGGAUGUGGCUGGACCCCACCAGAUGACCCUGAGUUACCAGCAGGCCCUGCAGCAUGCUUCCGGCUCUGACAGCCAGGAUCUGGAUGACGGACAACUAUUGUUGACCAAUGGAGAUACGCUUCUUAAAGAAGGGACCCAGGCGAGUGAAGGCUACUUCAGCCAAUCACAGGAGGAGGAUUUUGCCCAGUCAGAUGACUGCACUGCAAAAGUCAACCCAACACCAGUUUUUUAUAACAAACCACCAGAAAUCGACAUUACGUGCUGGGAUACAGACCCUGUGAUGGAAGAUGAUGAUGAAUAGGAGCAACUGAGGGAAAAACAGGCGACACCUCUAUGAAAACUUAUUUUGCAACAGUUACAGAAGUCUUGCAUUAAAAUGUUUUAGAUAAGAAAAACAACAACAAAAACAAUGUUAGCCACAGAAGAAAAGGACUCGGGUUAUUGUUAAAGAUGCCAGUGGGUAUGAGCGCUCUUGGUUCGUGUAUGUGUAGCGUGAGUGCGUUUAUUAUUUAUUUUGAUCUUUUUUUUUUUUCUAUGCAGAGUAUAGCACAGUGUGUCUCUAGCGCCCUCACCUGUGUUGUAUCGAUCCCUGUGCCUAACAGGUGUGUGUAGUAGCAGAUUAGACCGUUCUAUUUCUCCUUUAUCAACACUGAGCUUAGAUCUGCUCAGUGGUUCAAGUUCCCUACAAUCUUAGUUGCUUAGUUGAAUCAGAUGUGUUUGAGUGUUAUGCCCACAGGGGCGUUUGCAUUGAUGACUCAAUCGGUCAGGGACGGUCGAACCCUCACCUUCAUAGAAGCAAAGGCAUGUCAGAACUUGAUUUUAGCUCCAGUUGAGUCAUUCGUAUUUAGCAAACAGAAAAUAAACGGGGUUUAUAUGUGAUUACGAAACAAUUUUGUGUUGUGCCAAUUAUUUUGAGUAUGACGUGUCGGUGUAACGGCCUUUUAGGACUUUAGCGCCAGGUGGCAUAUGUAUAUUUUGACUACAUAUGAGACGGUGUAUAUAAACAAUGGAUGAAACUGACAUUUUUGUUGUAAAAACUCCAAUAGAGCUUUGACUCGUUGAGAAAUUUAGGCAAUAACAGUUGUAGUGGACUCCACUGGGAAUUGUUUUAGUUAUAUAUUCGUUAGUGAGUGUGUGUAUUAUUAUUGGAAAGGCUCAGGCCUGAAACAUACUCUACGUAAGUAUGCAAAUGGUGACGCAAAUACAAGCGUGUAGUCCCGCUGUACAUAUUAGCAUGCAACCUUACUGUGGUGUUCAAAGACCAGUAUUAAAAAAUGAAAAUUUUGUCAUUCUGUUUUUCGCAGAAUAAAGUGAGUCAUGCCAUUUUUUGGAAUGAUAUGAGGGUGUAUAAAUGACGACAGAAUUUUCAUUUUUGGGUGAAGUAACCCUUUAAGAAGACAAAAUAAUUACCUUCAAAUCGCUGUUAUUCAAGUAUCUCACUAUAAACAUGUAGGCAGUUAUCUAACUUGCUACCAAGAUUCAAACGGUCACUCCACUAUGACAGUAGUCAGUGGUUGUUGUUUUUUUCUUACAAAAGUUGGUUAAUGCUAGCUAUAGCACCCCAUGUGGCAGUGCUGAGAAUGCAGUGCUUAGCGUUUUGUUAUGAACUGCAUUCUUUUAACACAUUCUAACAAACUGCGAUGAGUGAAAUCAAAGCAUUUGCGUUCAUGUACUUGCGUAGAGUAUGGUUUCGACCUUAAUUUUUUUUGUGGAUGUGAUUUUGAACCUUUUAAAUGAGUUAUAUACUCCCAAGGGAAGGAAAUUCUUUCUAAUCGCAGAUUUCAAGCCACGUCAGUAACCCCUAUUAUUGAAAUAUAAUAUUAUUAUGACCCUUAUAAUCUUUUUUUUAAGUUGUUGCUAGUUUAAAAAAUGCUUAACCCAAGACUUUCUUCAGAGUAAUGUGACCUUAGCACGUCCAGCAACUCGUAAAGACCUAAAAUUGUUACAAAUCUUUAAAUGAAAUUUGGAUUUGUAACGGACUUUCAGACAAAGAGAAAUGCAGGGGCACAUCGCCUUGCUCGAGGGCAGAAUGGUGAGAGAUUAUCUCACUUAAUCAACACUGACUCAACCUGUAAUCUUUGUUGUUCUGCAACUGCUAAGUUAUCACCACCCACUGUCCCAGCCUUGACUGACCACCGUCUUCCUCAUACUUCUAGUCAUAUUGUAAAACGCCUUCAUAACAUCUUGGUUUUACAAUGGCUUUUUUGAGUGGAAAAGCAAGCAAUAAGACUAAACCAAUUAGUAUUGUUCUGUAAAUAGCUCAAAUUUUGUGUGCAUGUAAAAUGUACUACAAUCACUAACAUGUAUUGAUUCACCUCCAAUGAAAAACAGGGGUUGGCGUACGUUUGGAUUGGGUUUUUUUUUUGUUUCUUUGGUGAGAGAGAAAAAAGGUUGCUCAGUAUGAAACCUAAUAGGAAGUAACCCGCAUCUUUAACAGUAACUUAGCCCCUUUUGAAAUGACUUCCAUGUAUUCCCGUUCACCCUCCUACCUCCUUAGUAGUGAUUAUUAUUCUCUUUCUCCCUCAAACUACUAGGAGACUACUACUACUACCACUACUAUUACUAUUACUGCUACUGUUCUACUACAGUAAUUUCUUCUUUGCCCCUGAAGCAAGGCUUAGCGACUCCUGAAAGUUCUUUUUUAAUUAUAUUUUUUUCUAUCUCUUCCUUUUCCGUCCGCUUCUCACAUGCUGUUUUUGAAACAAGCACAAGAUCUUUUGUGACAUGCUAUGUGCUUAUGUAUGUUAAUAAAAGACUUUAAAAUCCUUCA